AUGACGACUCUGCGGGUGACGAGCAGAGCCACGGGCCGCAAGCUGCGUCUGCUGUGCCUUCACGGCAUCUACCAAGACGCAGAAACCUUCACGGUCAAGACGAAGCCAUUGCGUGGCGUCAGUGGGACCGCCAACGUGGACUUUGUCUUCCUGGAUGGACCCUUUUCCGUUGUUCCGCCGAUUCUAACGCGUCCAAACAAGCGACUGCGUAAGUGCCCGAGCACCAGUAGACAAAAGAAGAAGUCGGAGUAUCGCGCGUGGUGGCGGCCACUCGGUAUUCAUGAGGAAGUUGACGCUGGCCGCUUGGCUAGAGACUGGGACGUGCUUGUGAGCUUUUUGCGCGAGCAAAUCGACGAGAUCGGCGACGUGGAUGGUGUGUUCGGGUUCUCGCAAGGAGCGAGUCUAGCGGCGUGGAUGUGCUCGAAGCGCGCACGUGCUGAACUACGAUGGUCGCCCAAAGUGGCCGUGCUGAUUGGAAGCUAUGUAGGUUCUCCGCAGUUCUCGUUGGACUCGGGUAUUGUCCCGGACAUCUCGUCGCUGCACAUCUUUGGCUCGAACGACUACGUCAUCCCGACUGCCAAGAGCCAGCAAGUGGUCGAUAUAUUCAAGCAACAGCAGACGGUCGAGAACUGCGUUUUGACUUCCGUGCACGCCCAAGGUCAUGUGAUCCCCAAAUGCGACGAGUGCAAGGAGCUAUUCGAGUCAUUCCUAAUCCGCCAGCAGCUGAGAUUGCUCAGUAGAUCGACUCAUUCUUCUUCUAUGGCCGUUGACUGCAACAACGUGAAUGCCUUGGAAGUAGCUACUACUGGAUCAGAGCUCUGUAGCUCUCCAGCAACCCGGUGGUCUCCUCCGUGUAGCCAUGUGUCUUUUCAGCCAACUAGAUAA